CCAAACUCCCUAAUAACUUUGCUAUUGUAAUGAAUACUGCUCUCUUGUUCUGUUUUCUAUUCAUUUUUGAGUGAAGGAUUAUUGAAUCCAACAUGGUAUCAGAGCACGCCGAUCUGAUCGAUCAAAUGAAGACGACGAAGUCCCCGAUCUGAGCGAUCAAACGAAGACGACAAAGCGCCGCCGUCGCCAGUUACACCAGAUCCGUCGCCAUCCGAACUCGCCGACGCCAGAUCCCUCGACCUCAGACCCCAGAUCUGUCUCACCGACCCCAGAUCCGGUGCUCUCAGUGCUCGCCGAGUACGUCGUUGUUCUCGAGCUGCUUAGCUUCAGCUGGUGAGCAAAAGAGUCCACCUUUAUUAGCGGAAAGAGGAAUCGAGCAUCAAAGAUGGCGCCUUUGAGAGAGAGGCGGGGUCAGAGACGUUUUAUUUAAGGGUCAACACUACCAGAAACAGUCACCUUGCCGUGGUCUGGAUCGAUGCUGACAGUAUAAACCCCAUCAAUCUUCUGGAGCAAUUUCUUGACUUUCUGCUUGCAUCCAUCACAGUGAAUGUGCACUUUAAGAACACAUGUCUGUAUCUUAAGGAAGUUCUGAUCUCAUUGUUGCUAGAUUAUUUGUUGCUGUUGAUGUCUGAUAGGUAGUCAAUUAAUUUGUUGGUGGCAAUGUCUCCUGUUUAUGUUGGGAACUUGGACCCACGUGUUACUAAACGGGAUCUGGAGGAUGAGUUUCGUACAUACGGAGUUAUAAGAAGUAUUUGGGUCGCUAGAAGGCCACUUGGUUAUGCGUUUAUUGAUUUUGAUGAUCGCCGAGAUGCCCAAGAUGCAAUCUGUGACUUGGAUGGUAAACAUGGCUGGAGGAUCGAGCUUUCCCACAACUGUAAAGAUCGUGGCAGAGGCGGGCGUGGUGGUCGUGAUCGUGGUGGGCAACAUAAGACAUUUUCUGGGGGUCAUCCUCGGAACAGUUAUUCUCAUUCAUCCACUGCAUUGGUACCAUCAUCGGAUCACCUGAGUCUGAAUUCUUACAGGAGUCCUAAUAUUGAUUCUAUAGCUGAGCAGUUUGAGAGAUUUAUUGCAAGCCAGUUCCAGUUUCAGUCCCAAAGUCAGCCUCACCCUCUGUCUCAGCCCUAUGCCACGUCUGUUCCAUUUACCUCAGGAUCCAAAAUCCAAGAAAAUGAUUGGGACAGGCCGUAGAAAGGGGGGACUUUAUGUUUUGGAUGACCUGCAAAUUCCUGUUCAUGCUGCUGCAACGGGUGUUGAUCUAUCUUCUUUUCAUUUGACAUCUUCCUCUUCUAAGUUUUAUUUGUGGCACUCUCGACUUGGUCAUGUUUCGGGCUCUCGCCUAAAAUUUAUGAGUAAUAGUGGUGUUUUAGGUGACUUGCAUUCUCAUGAUAUUUCCGAUUGUAG